AGGGUAUAAAUUGAGUCCGGGGGGGGCAUUAACAGUCCCACGGUCUGCUAGAGCUUCAUCACCAGCUGAUUCUACCCAACCAGCCUGCAGAAAUGGCCUUUAAUGGAACCUGGAAGGUUGACCGCAGCGAGAACUACGACAAGUUCAUGGAGCAGAUGGGCAUUAAUCUCAUGAAACGGAAGCUGGCAGAACACGACAACCUGAAGAUCAUCAUCGAGCAGAACGGAGACAAGUUCCACGUCAAGGAGUCGAGCACCUUCAGAACCAAAGAGAUCGACUUCACGCUGGGCGUCCAGUUCGAAUACGACCUGGCCGAUGGAACCGAAGUCGCAGGAGCGUGGGAGAUGGAGGGCGACAUGCUGAAAGGCAAGUUCACCAGGAAAGACAACGGCAAAGCCCUGAACACCACCAGGACUCUGGUGGGCGGAGAGCUGGUGCAGACCUACAACUACGAAGGCGUGGACGCCAAGAGGAUCUUCAAGAAGCAGUAACCUGGAUCCUGCACUUCCUACGUUACUGUUUUUAUAGAGACGACAUAAUAUAGAUUUUUCUAACAAUUGGACUUGGUUAAGUGAAGAUAUUAUAUUACAAUGUACCUCAAAAUGUUGGCAAAGUUUAGACGGAAGAACCAAUGAGUAGAAAAGAGAAGUCUGAAACAGUAAACUGGUCAGCUGAAGAAGUUUCUUUUCCAGUAGAGAUGUGGAGCUGCAAUGAAAACAGUCAAAACGGCAGCUAGAAAUGACUCAUUUAAACGGUCAGUUCACCCAGAUUGUCAUAUUUCAGAAGCCUCUAGCGUCGCUGAAUAAACAGGUUUGAUCAUUUUCCAUUCCUGCCCAACUAUUUUGGAGCUUUAUUUGCUUUUCUUUAAGAAUCCCAUUGAAAAAACUCAACGGCAUUCUCCAGAAACAAAGCCACAGCACGUACUGGCUUCACUUUCCACUGGUACCAUUCAUUUCCAAGAGAGUUACUGGAUAAUGCAAGUUCUUGAUGCCAUUUUCAACUCAAAACCAAUGAAAAUCCUUUAUGUUUUGGUAGAUUUCAGAACUAAAGAGACGAAAAUGCAGAAAACUGUCCACCUAAUUUGAAGCUACUACAUUAAACCCAACAGGUUUGGGUAUUUUGGGUGAACUUUCCCUUGAAAUAUCUCAUUUGUUGAACUUGAUUUGCUGUCAGCAGCUCCACCCAGUAAUGAUUGAAUACGUUAGAUUUGGGUAAAUACGUUAAUUUGCACUAAUGGAACUGAUGUUGUAGAGUGUUUUACAAUAAAGCAGCUUUGAUGCGUCA